CUGACAGUUCACAGGAAACAUUUAACCUUUAAUUAACUGAACUCUGCUGCAAACUGAACAAACAGGAACACAGCUGAUUCAGUUUAUGCACCGGAAGUAAGGUACAUCAUUCACAGGCUUUUAAUGUGAAAACCUGACCGGAAGUCAGUCCUCGGAACUGUUCGCAGAUGUUCGGAUGUUUUCGGUUUAUUUUCCUCUCAGCCUCCUCUGGAGCGAGAUGAAACCCGAACCCCGACGAGGUUAGACCGGCCCAACCGAGACCAGAACCGGGACCGGGACACCCAGAAGAACCGGGAUUCAAGCGGUUCUGGUCCAGGACUGAGAGGUUCCGGUACACCGAGCGCUUCACGGCAGCAGAUCCGGGUCUGUGUGGACUUCAGGCGGCUUCAGGUCCAGCUGCAUCCCGCAGACUGAUCCGGAACCAUGUACCAGGUCCAGGAGUUCUGUCCACAGCUCUGGACCUGGUGGACCUCAGUGACCCGGGUGAGAGCAGAAACUGCAGGAGGAAGAGUCCUCUGAGGAGGAGGAGGAAGAGCAGCUCCAAGAGUCCUCGACACAGAACCAGAACCGAGGAGACAGAGCUGGUCCACGUGGAUGUGCCGACCAGUCCCAGAACCCCUGACAGGAUGUCCCUGGACUCAG